ACAGGCGGCCGGCAGGAAGCGGUAGUAGCCCUCCGCGGCCACGGCCGAGGGAGGCGGCGGAACGGUGGCGGUGAGGAGCCCUCGAGGCCGCGGGCCCCGGUAGCGGCUGCACCGUCCCGCAGCCGGGUAUUAACGUCCCCUCGUGCGGCGCGACCGUCACCCGCCCCACGGCGGCUCGCUGGCGGGCGGCCUGGGAAGAGCCGCAGCUCCCCAGCCCUUCCUCUCCCCAGCGGGCAGCUUCUCGGCCCGGUUCGGCCCAGCCCUUCCGUCUCCCGCCCGCACUCACAGCGUGACCCGGGAGAUGAUGAUGCUGACGGGCACGCUCCGCUCCUUGAAGACGGUGGUGAUGAAACAACCGAAGGUGAGCAGCGCCAUCACGCUCAAAGAGAAGGCGAAGAGCGAGUUGGCCCGGGACAGCACCGUGUUCAUCGCGCCGCGCCAGCUCCCAGGCUCCAGCCGCUGCUCGGAGGGGGGGCGGCUCCCGCGGGCCCGGCAGCGCUGAGGGGCGACAGGAAGCAAGCGACAGCACCUUCGCUGGGGCCGCGGAGGAAGGGGCGCGCGCGGCCGGGUGGUAGGGGCGUGGCCUCGCCCAGAGCCCGCCUGGCCGGGGCGGGGCCGGCCCGCGCCUGCGCCCGCGGCCGCCACGGGUCUUCCCGCUUCCGUUGCUGAGGGGCUCUGGGGGGUGGUGGCACCGGCUGCGGCCGUAGCUCUGAGUUCCCCGUUUCCUGGCCAGUCUGGCGUCUGCCGUCUCUGCCCGGCUCUUAUUGUUGCGCCACGGUGCCUUUUGAGGCGCGCGCCCUCUCAGGCACCUCUCCAGCUUAGGAGUUUGUAGAAAGAAAGGUGCUGCGCCCCUUGGCUGGCGCCUGUCGAAGGUGGCUGGCCACCGUAAAAGAGCCUGUGCAGUGUUUCUGCGUCCGUCAGGUUUAUAGAAGAGAAAAAAUACCUUAAGACAUGAGACGUUCGCUUUAUGUGUCCUGAUGAGUGAUUUAUUUUGAUUUAGUGAGCAGACGCCGCAAGAGCUGGGCUUGUCUGUGCCCUGCGUGGCUGUGUGAAGGUCCCAAGCGCACGCUCACAGCCGUGGCCGCCUCAGCAGAGCAUCUGUAUCCCCCGAUGGAAGGCUUCAUGCAGUUGCUGUUUGGUACUCUCAGUAGAGAAGAAAAAAUUGGAAACUAAGAUGGCAGUUGUGAAGGAAGAGGAUUAUUCACAACAGCUGUUUGCUGGUUCUUGGGCAGAUCGCUCACCUCUGCAUGAGGCAGCCAGUCAAGGACGUCUUCUUUCUCUAAAGACUUUAUUGUCACAGGGGUACAAUGUAGACACAUUAACAAUUGACCAAGUAACUCCACUUCAUGAAGCCUGCCUGGGAGAUCAUGUAGGAUGUGCAAGAAUCCUUCUUGAAGCAGGAGCAAAUGUAAAUGCUACAACGAUUGAUGGAGUGACACCUUUAUUCAAUGCCUGUUCGAGGGGCAGCGCAGCCUGCACUGAGCUCCUUCUAGAGUAUGGUGCCAAAGCUCAGUGGGAGUCCUGUCUUCCAUCACCAACCCAUGAAGCAGCCAGCAGAGGUCACAGUGAAUGUCUGGAGGUACUGAUAUCCUGGGGUAUAGAUGUUGACCAAGACCUUCCUCACUUAGGAACACCUCUGUAUGUAGCAUGUGUUUCACAGCAGAUCCACUGUAUUCGAAAGCUUCUUUAUGCAGGUGCCAAUGUGCGGAAAGGAAAGCAUCUGGAAACUCCACUCCAUGCUGCUGCCCAGCAUUCUAGUACAGAGAUUGUGAAUUUACUGCUUGAAUUUGGGGCAGACAUAAAUGCCAAAAACACAGAUUUUGAGAGGCCUGUUGAUUUAGCUGCUCCAAGCAGUUCAGUGGAGAGACUGCUGCUCCUCCAUGAAGCCACACCAUCUUCUCUCUGUCAGCUCUGCCGACUAUGUAUCCGAAAUUACCUAGGAAGAGCCAGACUGCAUCUUGUCCCACAGCUCCAGUUGCCAACCAUACUGAAGAAUUUCUUACAGUAUAGAUAACACAGUAAUUAACCCUUAGGGACUUGAAUAACAAGUCCUUUUUCUUCUGUUUAUUGUAUGUUUUAUCUAAAGAACUGCUGGGCGGGAAAAAAAAAGCUUUUUGCAUAUUAAAAAAAAGGUAUCUUUGACAGCUGGUGUUGGUAAAUUAUAAAAAUAAUAACAAUUCAUAACAAUAAUAAUCAGGAGCCAUUCAGCAACUGGUACGAAGGUGCUACUAAUGCUGAAUUGAACAUGUGCUAUUGAUAUCUGGGAAAUUAUUGUGUAGCUUUAGCUUAACAUUAACUAAAUAGCUUUAGUGCUGUUAAUUUCAGUUGUAUUUAUAGUUUAAAAAUGGGCUUGACACAUGUGAACCACAGAGAGUUUCUGCAUUAUUAUUUGUUAAGUUUGUCCAU